AUGUUUCCUAUAAGAAAACAAUUGUCUGGAGUAGAAAAAAGGAAGAAAAAACAAAAGGAAGAAGCUUUAAUUCAAAGCCAAGUAGGAAGUCUUAAUAAGUACUUCACUAACAGCCAAAAAGCAGAGCAAACAGAAGUAGCUGAACAACUGAAUCAGGAUGACACUGAUAAUAUGUUGCAUGAUCAGAAACAUAGUGAAUUGAAUGAACUUCAAAAUGAAGACCAAAAACAAUAUGGAAAUGAUAAAGUUGAAGUCAAUAUGCCUGAAAAUAACAGUGAUGAAGAUAUAAAUCAAGAGAUCGUGUUCCCUUUAAAUGUUGAUGAUCCAGGAAAUUGGGACAAAAUGCAAAAUAUUAGGGAUUUUCUAGUUGAAAGAGGUCCUAGAAAAGAUGAUGAUAUUUUGUUUCCUCUUGAUAACACCGGCAGACACUUCAAUCCAUCACAUUAUAAGAGGCAAUUGCCAAAUGGUGAGAAAAGUGACAGAAGAUGGCUAGUGUAUUCUAUUUCUAUGGACAAGAUCUUUUAUUUCUGUUGUAAGUUAUUCAAGACUCAAAGAACCACAAUGAAACUUGGUCAUCUAGCUGACGAAGGAUACAAAGAUUGGAAGAAUAUCAGUCGAUGUCUCAGUCUUCAUGAAACUAGUAAAGAUCAUAUUGAUUGCAUGACUAGUUGGAUUGAAUUAGAAAGAAGACUUCGAAAGAAAAAGACAAUUGAUGAAAAUAUACAAGUAGCAAUUAACAAGGAGAGAGAACAUUGGAAACAAGUAUUGAAGAGAAUAAUUGCAGUUGUGCAAAGAAUUGUGAAGAAUAACUUGCCACUUCGGGGAGAUAAUGAGAAGCUUUAUGUUGAGAAUAAUGGAAUCUUUUUGCAGCUAAUUGAAAUGAUUGUUGAAUUUGAUCCAAUAAUGGAGGAGCACCUUCGGCGUGUUCAAGAAAGACAGAUUCAUUACACUUAUCUUGGACCCAAAAUCCAAAAUGAAUUGAUACAGAUGUUGGCGGCUGAAGUAAGAAGUUCAAUUGUUGCAAAAAUUAAACAUGCAAAGUAUUUCACUGUCAUACUUGAUUGCACUCCAGAUGCAAGUCACGAGGAGCAGAUGUCCCUUGUAAUUAGAUGUGUGGAUGAUUCAGAAAAUGCAAUAGUGGUUGAAGAAUUUUGGAUUGGAUUUUUGAAAGUUAAUGAAACUUCAGGACUUGGGCUUUUUACAGAGCUUAAAAAUAUUUUGAACAAUCUCGAACUUGACAUUGAUAAUAUAAGAGGUCAAGGAUAUGACAAUGGAUCUAAUAUGAAAGGAAAACAUAAGGGUGUACAGAGUAGAUUACUUGAAAUUAAUCCUAGAGCUUUCUACACUCCAUGUGGAUGUCACAGUCUUAAUCUCACAUUAUGUGAUAUGGUGAAAUGUUGUCCUAAAGCAAUGUCCUUUUUCGGUGUAAUACAACGCAUAUAUUCAUUAUUUUCUUCUUCUACCAAGCGGUGGCAAAUCUUCAAAGAUCAUGUGCAAGGUCUUACAGUCAAGCCACUAUCACAGACACGAUGGGAAAGCCAUGUUGACAGCAUGAAGCCCAUAAAAGAUCAAACUUCGAAAAUACGAGAUGCUUUAAUUGAUUUGGCAAACAUUUCUGAUGACUCAAAAAUAAAGAGUGAAGCUGAGGGUUUGGCAUCAUUUGAACUUGAGAAUUUUGAGUUCGUGUUUGGAAUGGUAAUUUGGUAUAAGUUGUUAUAUGAGAUUAACAUUGUUAGUAAGUUUCUCCAAGCAGAAAAUAUGGAUAUUGAUAUUGCUAUUAGACAAUUAAAAGGACUUAUUUCUUCUCUCCAAGAGUUUAGAGAAUCUGGAUUUGAUCAAGCAUUAAUUGAAGCUGAACAUAUUGCAAGUGAAAUGGGAAUUGAACCUAUUUUUCGAGAAAAACGCAUCAUCCGAAGAAAGAGACAAUUUGAUGAGAUCAAUAGUGAAGAGGUAACCCAGUCUCCUAAAGAAUCUUUUCGAGUUAAUUACUUCCUAUUUAUAAUUGAUCAAGCUCUUUCUUCACUUCAAACUCGGUUUGAACAAUUUCAAAAAUAUGAAGAAACAGUUGGAUUUUUAUUUAGUUUGGAGAGAUUGAAGUAUAUUGAUGAUGAUAGUCUCUUACACUCAUGUGUCAAUCUUCAAGAGUCUUUAACACAUGAUGGACACUCUGAUGUUGAUGGAUCAGAUUUAUAUUUAGAACUAAAGUUGUUAAGACACUCAUUACCAAAAGAAUCAAAAAGAGCGAUUGAUGUGCUGAAUUAUUUGAAGAAAAUGGAUAGUUGUUAUCCAAAUGCUUAUAUUGCUUAUCGAAUUUUGCUGACUAUACCAGUUACAGUUGCAUCUGCUGAAAGGAGUUUUUCCAAGUUGAAAUUGAUCAAAACUUAUCUCCGAUCAACUAUGUCGCAAGAAAGACUAAAUGGCUUGGCUAUGCUAUCUAUCGAGAAAAAAGUGGUUGAGAAAGUUGAUUAUGCUAACUUAAUCAAUACUUUUGCUUCUAAAACUGCGAGGCGAGCAAUAUUCAAGUGA